GCACGCAGCCUGUGGGUCUUACGGCCGUGACGCGAGUGGGACGCAGGUGUGACGCAAGCGCGACAGCUCCCGAAUCGCUGGCGUUAUAUCUGCUGCUCUCCGAGGCAGCCGUUUUUAUUCCAACCCCCGGCCGCCCCCGGGCCUUCGCCGCCAGCCUCCCGGUGGCCGCCAUGGACGACUACUCGAUUCUGUCGGACACCGAGCUGGCCGCGGUGCUGCGCCAGUACAACAUCCCGCACGGGCCUGUCGUAGGCUCCACGCGCAAGCUCUACGAGAAGAAGAUCUUCGAAUACGAGAGCCAGCGGCGGAGGCUGUCGCCCCCGGACUCAUCCGCCUCCUCCUACCGGUUUUCAGACUUGGAUUCAGCAUCUUCCGGCUCAGACAUGUAUGAUCUGCCCAAGAAGGAGGAUGCUCUGCUUUACCAGACCAAGGGCUACAACGAUGAUUACUAUGAGGAGAGUUAUCUGAGCACCAGGAUUUAUGGGGAGCCUGAGGCCAAGGGCUUCCGCCAGCCAGUGACAUCCUUCUCGGAUCCUGACACCUUCCAUCACCAGGUGCGUGAGGAGAGCGUCUUCUCUGAAGAGGAUGGCAGGGACAGGGAGCGCCCUGUCUACGGCCGGGACAGUGCCUACCAGAGCAUCGCGCACUACCGCCCCGCCUCCAGCAUCUCCAGGGGGUCCGUGGGCUUCUCCUACUACCCGGGAUCACCCACCUCUUCCGGGUCCUCAUCCUCAUCCUCUCCACCUUCGUGGCUCACCCGCCGGGCCAUCCGGCCUGAAAAGCAGGCCUCUGCAGCGGUGGUGGCCCAGGAGCGCCGGGUCCCACUCUGGGGCCAGCUGGUACUCUUCUUGGUGUUUGCUGCCUUCCUGCUCUUUGUCUAUUACUCCAUACAGGCUGAGGAAGGCAACCCCUUCUGGAUGGAUCCCUGAGGGCCCCACUUGGAGCUGGCUCGGGGAGCCUGGCUGGCUGCCUUAGCAGUGUUCUGGGGGUGGGGGUGGGGUGUUGCUGUGUGUUCUAGCUUGGGGUGCCGGGCUUGCCCAGGGCAGUGCCUGCCCUGCCGCCUGGCCCUGCCUUCCUUGGGAGCCUCCCACCCCUCCUUGCCUCUGAGCCUUGAAACUGGGCCGAAACCUUGUCCUUCCAAGGGGAACAUAAUUGUUGUUCUGCAUGCCACCUCUUGUUCAUUGUCACCUGUUGUGGGAUCAAGUAAAGGCCGCCCUGAUACUGUUUUCAUGGACACACAAUAAAAGACCGUUUAUUUUUACCGUG